CUCUUUUUAGAGCCUGCAGAUCAGCCAUCAUUCUAUUUUCCCCUUCACCAUCCCUCUCCAGUAAACACACACACACAACCUCGGCCAGUUUAUAUAUUUAUUUAUUUUUUUUUGUCUGUUGAUUUGCCUGUGUAUUUUUUCAGUUCACAUUCACCAUGGGUGAUUUCACCUCGCGUUUUUCCUCACCAUCUUUCCUAAAAAUAUUACGACAAAUUAAAUAAUAAAUAUUACAAAUCAUUCAUUCAAACUAAACCCACAAAAUAUGAUUUUUUUAAAUAAACAAUUUUAAUAAACAAUUUAAUUAAUCAACAAAAUACAGUGAUACAAAAAUUUGAAAAAAAAAAAAAAGUGAAUUGUGUAGUUGUGUUUGUUUGACUUUCUCUCUGUCUUAUUGACACAAAAAUAUAUUUAUUUAUCUCGUCUAAUUGCUCCAAUAAAAAUACAUCUAUUUAAACAAAAUAAUAAUAAUAAUAAAAAUAUCUACACAUAUACAAACAUCUACAAGUUUUCAUUCGAAAUUUAGAUUUUCUUUUUUUAUCAAAUUGACAGUUGGUCUUUGGGCGUGUUAUAAACAAUAAUUUACUAAAAAAAAAAAUCAACAAAUUAAUUAUCAACAAAGCCAAACAAUUGUUAAUAAAAAAAAUAAUUAUUAUUAUUAUAUUAAUAAUAAAAAAAUUAGUUUUUUUUUUAUGUUUUUUAUCGCGCAUGUCAAGUUAUUCUUUGUGUGACAGUUUACAUUUGUGUAUUGGUCUAUUGACAGUGUUGUGACUGUGUGUGUGUGUAUCACUCAGUGACAACGAUUAUUAACUCUUUUUUUAAAAAAAAAUAAAAAAAUAAUAUUAUUUAUGUGUGUUAGUUUGUGAGUAAAAUUGUACUGAGGAAAAUGGCGAUCAGGUGGCGACAAUAUUUUCAAAAUUUUCAUAUUUAUUUAUGAUUAUGUUAAAGAGAAAAAAAAUUUGUUUAUUGUUAUUAUUUUUAAUUAUUUAUAUACAAUUGUAAAUAUAAAUUUAAAUAAUGUAAAUGAUUAUUUAUUAUUAUUAUUAUUAAUAUUAAAAAACAAUAACAACAACGAGACAUUAAUGGCACUACCUGAAUCGCGUCAGAUGCGUGAAGAAGAAAGCGACAUAAUAGAAUCACCCACGUAUAAAUUGAGAAACGCCCCAUUGUGAAUUUUUUUAAUUGUUAUUAUUAUUCAACAAUAUUAAGUGAUUAUUAUUAUUGUAAUAUUAAAGGGUUAUCUAAAAGAUUGAGGCCUGCAAAGAGAGAAGAGAUAGAAAAAUUUUUUCGAUAUGAUGGAAAAAUUUGUUUCUUUGAAUUUUUUUAUAAAGUUAAUUAUUGCUUGAUUGUUUGAUGAAUAAUAAUCAGCUGUAAAUUAAAAAUAUAAUAAUAAAAAAAGGCAGUUGAAUUAAUUCAAUUGAAUGACAUUAAUUGGAUAUUUUAUUUAGUGAUAAGAGAAAAAGAAAACAAAAAAAAAUGGGAAAUUGUUUCAGUAGUCCGGCUGAUGCCGAGACUGAAAAACCAGAUAGAAUUGGUAAUCCAAGUAUUGAAGCUGUUGCACAAGCAAGUCCAGUACCAACACCACCACCAGAUCCAAUAAGACCAAUGCCACAAAUACCAGAUACAGAUGUACCAACAGCUAAAAUAUUUGUUGCACUUUAUGAUUAUGAUGCAAGAACAGAUGAAGAUCUUAGUUUUCGUAAGGGUGAACAUUUAGAGAUUUUAAAUGAUACACAGGGUGAUUGGUGGCUUGCUAGAAGUAAGAGAACAAGACAAGAAGGAUAUAUACCUAGUAAUUAUGUUGCCAAAUUAAAAUCAAUUGAAGCUGAACCAUGGUACUUCAGAAAGAUAAAACGUAUUGAAGCUGAAAAAAAAUUACUACUACCAGAAAAUGAUCAUGGUGCAUUUUUAAUUCGUGAUUCAGAAAGUAGACACAAUGAUUAUUCACUUUCUGUUCGUGAUGGUGAUACAGUUAAGCAUUAUCGUAUUCGACAAUUAGACGAAGGAGGAUUCUUCAUUGCAAGAAGAACGACAUUUAGAAAUCUUCAAGAUCUCGUUGAACAUUAUAGCAAAGAUGCUGAUGGUCUAUGUGUUAAUCUCUGUAAACCAUGUGUACAGGUUGAGAAACCUGUGACUGAGGGUUUAAGUCAUCGUACUCGAGAUCAAUGGGAAAUUGAUCGUUCAUCAUUAAAAUUUGUUAGAAAAUUAGGCCAAGGACAAUUUGGUGAAGUAUGGGAAGGUUUAUGGAAUAAUACAACAUCUGUUGCAAUAAAAACACUUAAAACUGGUACAAUGGAUGCUAAAGAUUUUCUUGCUGAAGCACAAAUAAUGAAAAAAUUACGUCAUUUAAAAUUAAUACAAUUAUAUGCUGUUUGUACAAUGGAAGAGCCAAUAUAUAUUAUAACUGAAUUAAUGAGAAAUGGUAGUUUAUUGGAAUAUUUACAAGGUAAAGGACGUGGUCUUAAAUUAACACAAUUAAUUGAUAUGUCUGCACAAAUUGCUGCUGGUAUGGCAUAUCUUGAAUCACAAAAUUAUAUACACAGAGAUUUAGCAGCACGUAAUGUUCUUGUUGCUGAUGGUAAUGUUGUUAAAAUUGCUGAUUUUGGUCUUGCAAGAUUAAUUAAAGAAGAUGAAUAUGAAGCUAGAAUUGGUGCAAGAUUUCCAAUUAAAUGGACAGCACCUGAAGCAGCUAAUUACAGUAAAUUUAGUAUUAAAUCAGAUGUUUGGUCAUUUGGUAUUUUAUUGACUGAAUUGGUUACUUAUGGACGUAUACCUUAUCCUGGAAUGACUAAUGCUGAAGUGUUACAUCAAGUUGAGCAUGGUUAUCGUAUGCCAUGUCCACCAAGUUGUCCAAAUGCUCUCUAUGAUAUUAUGCUUGAAUGUUGGAACAAGGAUCCAAUGAAGAGGCCAACAUUUGAGACACUUCAAUGGAAACUUGAAGAUUUCUUUACAAUGGAAGGCUCAGAAUAUAAAGAAGCAUCUGGAUAUUAAAAAAAAAAGUUGCCUUGAUUUAUUAAUUUCAUCAUGAAAAAAAAUAUGUUUAACAAGUGCACAGGCUCAUCAAAGAUCUGAGGAGUUUGAAAACAAGUGGAAAAAAAAAGAAAGGAUAAACUAAAAAUAUAAUGAUGCAGUUGACAUUAUUUAUAUUUUUUUUUUCAAGUAUGUUUUAUUAUUUAAUUUUAUAUUUUUUAUUAUUCGUUUAAAACUAUUCUGGCUGCCAUAAAAUGAGCUAUGACAAAGCAGGAAAAACUAUUGAAUAUUUUAAAAAUUAAUAUAACAAGUGAGACAAGUAUUUGGCUGAAUAGAUUUAAUCAUUUUUGUGGGUUUUUUUUUUGUUUUUUUAAAUGUGGAAUGAAUGAUUGUGGAUAAUUUUUUUUUAAAAAACGGAAAUGGAUCAGUGAUAGACAAUUAUCACAAACGGAAAUAAUCUUAAGUAAACACUUGAAAAUUUUUUGGGUUUUAUAUCGUAAUAAAAAUACAAGUCAUCAUUUUUUAGAAUGAAAAUAAAUAUUACGAGAUCAUGGGA